AUGAAUGUUGACUGGACUGCUCUGCCUGACAUAGUCUGGUAUUCUAUCUGUGAAUAUCUGCCAAAACUAACGGAUAUUCUUCAUCUAUCGAAUACAAAUCACCAUUUGUAUAAUCUUGUGGAAAAUAAUUCAUUCUGGAGGCAUCUUAUUCGAAUACGUUAUGGUUCAGUUCUAUUACAACGUUACUGUGAUGAAAUCUUCUCGAAUACGAACAAUUGUGAUUAUCUGUGUUCGUCCACUGAAAAUUUUAGUGAAUUUCAAAGACAAUAUUCGCAAUUACCUGCAGCUAUUCUACGCAAUGGUUGGAAUCUGAUUGUUACAGAUGCACAAAACGGAAAUAUGAAGGGAUUUGCUGCUGCUAAACGAGCGAAAUUUUACCUACCCAAAUAUUCUUCGCUUUUAAAAAUGGCUAUCGACGAGAAGACGUUCCGAUCUGCGAUCUGUCAACAGAAUCAAACUAUUCUAUCGAAACUUAUCUAUAAUUACCUAUCAAAAAGAAUCCGCUUAUCAUUCGCCUAUGAAACAUACACUUGUUUCGAUACAAUACGAAUUAACGAACAACAUCGUCCGAAAACGAUUGCUGAUACGGCAAGUGAGUAUGGUGUGAUUGGUAUCUUUGAUUCGAAAUGGUUGGCAGCUGUACGAGGAGAAUUUUCAUCGGUUUUACCCGGUCGCUAUGCGAUCUAUUGCCGAAUAAAACUACAAUUACUACGUUGUGACCAACCGAGUGAAGAAGAUCAAUUCACUGGUGAGUUCACAUGCAUACCCGAAUUUGGUCUAAUGAGUUCGUUCGAAUGGGAUCAAGAUUGGUUUGAUUUACACUAUGUUAUGAAUAAUAGAAAUGAAACGAUAGAGAACGCUACUUGUCAAUGGUUCGAAGAACAUAUGGGAUUGAUUACUGUAUAUGAACUAUCAAAAAUUUAUUUCGGUUUUCGAAUCUGGCAGAUACCGUAUAGAAAGUAUUCAGUUAUGUGUGAUUAUAUUGAAUUGAAAGUCGUUGAGUAA